AAAUGUACACUGUGUGAAACCGCGGGGAGAGUUGUUGGAUUCUUUGGAACUUUUCGAACUAUGAACAUAUCAUCUUCAUCAUCUACCUCUGUCUCACCAACCUUUUCAAAAGGGCUUGUAAAAAAAAUACAAUUUUGAGGUUCACGGAAUCGUACGUACAUUCCACGGUAUGACGGUGUCACCCCGGAACACACACAGUCACACACUAUAGAGAUCGAUCACGUAAGAGAUGUAACACAAAUUCAUCUUGUGGUACAUAUAUUUCCACCUUCCCGGCUUCUUCCAUUUUCCAUGUUUCCAAAUUUUCAUCAUCAAUCCAACAACUCUUGUAGUGUUUCGAUCAUUCGAUUCUGCUUAUUUCCAAAUUAGACUAAAUUAAGUCGUACCAUUAUAUCCUAUUUUUUCCAAGUCUAAACUACCAGAUCCAUUCUCCAUUUCUUUUGUUUCCAUAAAAAUUAAUCAAAAAUGGUAAAGUAUACUACUUUUCCACAUGUUGCCUGACCAAGUCAACCAUCAAAUAAACCGAAUCAACUCUUGUGUCAUAUUGUUUUCCACAUACAUACUUUUGUUAUAAGUUUCCCAUAUUCUCAUAAAUCCUAUAUAAAGUUCAUUCUCACCCCCCCAACUUUGAUCUCCACCUGAAAACUUCUCUCUCUUUUUCUUUCUUCUUUCUUUCCGGGAUCGUAAAAUUACUUCCGGCGAAAUGGCAAAACGGACAUUAUUAAUCCAAUCAAUUUUGCUGUGUUCAAUGUUGAUGAUGAUUCCGAUUCCGGCAAAAGCCCAACAAAACUGCUCGAGUUUUGCCUUCAGCAACGGAGUGGGCCCAUUCGCAACCUGCAUAACUCUUCCGGUUCUCAACUCUUUCCUCCACUGGACCUACCAUUCCUCCAACCACACCGUUGACAUCGCUUACCGCCACACCGGAGUCUCCGCUUCCAACUGGGUCGCUUGGGCCCUCAACCCGGACGGUUCCGGGAUGUUACGGGCCCAAUGUCUGGUGGCCUUCCAGAACUCCAGUGGCCUUGUCCACGCCUACACUGCGCCGAUCGGGACAGGUACUUACUUCAUACAGCUGACGGAGGGCUCGUUGAGCUUCCCGGUGCCGAGGCUCUCGGCGGAGUUUGAUAAUAAUAAUAAGGAGAUGAUUAUAUUCGCCACUUUACGGUUGCCGGCCGGCCGGACGAGUUUUAAUCAGGUGUGGCAGGUGGGACCACUUAGCGGUGAUUCCCCGCAAGCUCAUGAUACCACUGGGAACUCUCCUAACACCAGGUCGACCGGGACCGUUGACUUCGCCACCGGUCAAGUUUCCGCCGGCGGUGGAGUCUCGAAUUCCAGAAUGCGGAAGAGAAAUGUUCAUGGAGUGUUGAAUGCGGUGAGUUGGGGAAUUCUGAUGCCGGUGGGAGCAGUGAUAGCAAGGUAUUUGAAGGUGUUCAAGUCGGCAACUCCAGCCUGGUUUUACUUGCAUGUCACGUGCCAAACAUCUGCCUAUAUUGUUGGAGUUGCUGGAUGGGGUACUGGUCUCAAACUCGGUAGUGAUUCCAAGGGAAUCACCUAUGACACCCAUAGGAACAUCGGUAUCGCUCUCUUCUGCCUCGGAACACUUCAGGUAUUUGCCUUGCUGUUGAGGCCGAAGCCUGAUCACAAAUACAGACUCUACUGGAAUAUCUAUCACUGGGCUACUGGGUACGUAGUCAUUGCUCUCAGCAUCGUGAACAUCUUCAAGGGUUUUGAUAUCUUGGAUCCCCAGAAGAAAUGGAAGAACGCGUACACCGGCGUGAUUAUAGCCAUCGGUGGAGUUGCAGUUGCACUUGAAGCCAUUACAUGGCUGAUUGUGUUGAAGAGAAAGAAGGAUGGUGGUAGCCUCUCUGACAAUAAUAAGUACCCUCCUCAUUCAUCAAAUAGGGUAAAUGGAGUAAACGGUUAUGGAGCCUAGGGUUUUUUUUUUCUUUUUUCUAAUCGAGAUAUUGGCCUUUUGAAAUCCUUCAUGGAUUUCAAUUCCACACGAUAUGUAGGAUGCAUACCUGGUUUGAUAUAUUUAGGGCUUUAGAUGUAUUGCGACCCCAUACUCCCUUGGGCAUAUAUAUAUUGAGGGAGUAUUAUUUUUUGUAUUCUUGAUUGUCAUUUUUAGUGACUCUAUAUCUACUUUUGUAGAUAUUAGCAUAGAUUAUGUUUUGAUAUCCUAUAUAUAUAUAUACCUACUAGUGACUUGUGUGAGAAACCAGCAUUGUUUUUAUUUCUUUGAAAACAAUUUUAACUAAAUCGUGACUCACCUAUUAAAUACAUUGAGACUUUUGAAAAACACAAAUUCUAGAGGAUCAAAUUUACAUGUACGCGACGGUUACCAACAAUCCAUAUGGCUUUACUUCAAAAUAUUAGAUGUGCUAUCAUCGUGAUGUAACGUUAUAUAGUUAUAUUACUUUGCGUUGACUUUUGCGGUUCAUUUCAAUUAUUACUCUGUAUUUGUGCCACUACUUUUAAGGACGAGACUAAAAUCUCUGCGCUAAUAUAACAUAAUUCAAACAAAUGACUAGCCGCGAGGGUUUGCUCAUCUAGAAGAUGGCCUAGAGGGCUUUGAGUCGACGGCCGGCCGGCACUAACCCGUGGCUCUUAGGCAUUCCUUCAAGUCAGCGCAUUUCCUUGUCUUUGAGUUGAAAUAAGUGUUUUAUAACAUUUGGUGCAUUUGACACCGGGUAGAUGUUGCUAGAAAUAAUUGGACAAAACGAAAGGUUGAUUGUAUUUGUAUAGCUAGG